AGUCGAUAUUGACUCCAAAAGCCGAUGGAGCUAUUAUCAAUUCAUCAGUUGCCCAUCCGAGGAUUCCAUUUUAACCAGUUCGUAAGACAGAGCUACAAGACGGGAACUUAGAGGCGACUAACUACCUAAGGCAAGUAACGGUAAGCUGAAAGCAGGGUCUAAUACUGUCCUUCUCUGAAGGCGAAACUGGUGAAAGACAUUUUGACACCGGGAAGUAAUCAAAGACUUCAAUAAUGCCACUAUCUACCUGGAGCAUCGUCAUCUUUUUUUUUGGGCUGUCUGCUCGCUUAGCUGCAUCCUUUGUAGGUAAAUGCGCAUGGCUUGGAUCGAAUAUCUUAGUUCCUAAUAGUACGAUCCUCACAUAUGGCUACUUGCUCAACGGGACAACCUUUGACCUUCCUAGGACCGUAGAGUCCUGUGAGGAUCCAGUCUCAAAACCUAUGCCACGGCCAAUCUUUGUCUGGUUGUGCUCACUGUUACCACUUCUCCUUCAAGCGAGAUAGAAUUAGAAGCUCGGCUCCCCGACUGACCAACCUGGAAUGACAGGAUACUGGCUACAGGAAAAGGUGGUAUUGGGGGUUGUAUCGACUACGCUACCAUGCAGAACGGGGCUGGGCUGGGGUUCGCGUCUUUCGGAACUAACGCCGGGUAUACUGGAUCCGUGGGAUAUGAGCUUUUCUUGAAUCAACCCCAAGUUAUCAACGACUUCGGCUAUGGGGCUAUCCACGUAGAAGCAGAGGUUAACAAGGAAUUGGCGCGUCAGUACUAUGGAACCGCGACAACAAAAUUGUAUUACGCGGGCUAUAGCACAGGGGCCAUCAAGGUUUUCAAAAUGCGCAUCUGUAUCCCGAGGACUUUGAUGGCUUAUUUCUCGGAAACCCGGGUGUCGACUGGUUACACAUUGUGACAUUGAAAGGAAUCCUCGCACGACGUAUUGGAUGACCCCCUCUAGGUUCGCUAGCUUAUAUACGUCCGGAGCAAUAGCCGGCUAUCGUCGAGGCGCAGAUUCGAGAAUUUCGAUUCCCUAGAUGGGGUGCUGGACGGUAUCAUAGAUGAGCUAACAAAGCACCGUUUUGAUCCUAUGAAGCUCGGCCUACUCAACUCUUCUCUUUCCCUUAACCCACAACAAGUCGAAUCUGGGCGU